GGAGCCCUUAAGGCCUUUCGAUUUGGCAAAAAUAGUAGCUAUCAGCAGCUAAUAGCAACUUAAAACUUAGAGUUACUCUGAACUGAUAUUAGUUGCUAAUAGGUACUAUUUUUUCCAAAGCGAAAGCCCCCCAUAAGGGAUAUGUGCUAUGGAUCGAGUAAAUCUGGCAUCAAGAAGUAUGGUUAUGUUAUCCGAGAACUAAUUGUAGACAUUUUUUUAAUAUUUUAAUAAUAAUAAUAAUAAUAAUAGUAACAGUUAUUAUGACAUUAAAUUUUAAUCAGAGUCGAUUUAUAAGUUACAAACAAGUGAGAACUUGGUAUGCCAACCUUGUUAAACCGAGAAAAAAUGAAGCUCCAUAUAGGCACAUAAUUCAAAUUGGCGAUCCUACAUUAAGAGCAACAUCCGAAAAAGUACCAACACAUUUGAUAACUUCUCCAGAAAUAAAAUCUGUUAUUGACCAAAUGAAAUUAGUAUUCAAUAAGUACAAAUGUGUUGGACUAUCCGCUGCACAAAUAGGAAUCCCGAUACAAAUAUUCUUAAUGGAAUUUAACAAAAACCACGCCAAAUUGUUCAACAAACAGGAGCAGAAGAAUAUGGAGAUGUUACAUUACCCGCUAAAAGUAGUUAUAAAUCCAGAAAUAAAAAUAUUAGAUUAUACCAAAAUCAUAUUUCCAGAGGCUUGUGAAAGUAUUAAAGGAUUUUAUGCUGAUGUUGCUCGAUACCGAUCUCUAAAUCUAAAAGGAUUUGAUGAAAAUGGAAAUAAUUUCUCAGAAAACUUUAAUGGUUGGCUAGCACGAAUUAUUCAGCACGAAAUUGAUCACCUUAAUGGAAUCACAUAUACAGAUGUUAUGGAUAGAAAAACUUUUACUUGUAGCUGCUGGAAUGUAAUAAAUGAACGUGGGGGAAGAGUAGAAUUACCUUACGGUCCACAAUAAAGUAAUUAAUUAAUGACUACUUAAGUGUAAAGUUUUUGAAAUAAAAUAGAUAUUGUAAUAAUAAAU